AGUUCAGCAUUCGUAAACAUAUUUUUUGCUUGUGCAACCAGAUGAGUGAAACAUAUUAUUUUGCAGUAUUUAUUUAAUGUUAGUAAUCUAUGAAAUGAGAUUCCUACAAAAAUAUUGAAUACGAGCCAUCAGAACUUGAACGAUGGCACUACGCUUGCUGUUGAAUCUCCAAGAAAUUCCAACAAUAGUGAGCUCGCGCUCGCUGUUUUGCUGCCGGAGUCAGUUCCUGAAUCCAUCUAAAUUCAACCGACAAGCAUACACAGUUCGUUUUACGCGUCAAACACGCAACACGCGAGGCGAGUCAUUCGCUCCCCGACAGACGAUAGUUCCCAGUGAUGUGAAGGGAAUCAUUGACUCGGGCUAUAUUGAUCCCUCGAAGCUUUGGAGAUCUGUCGUAUUCACGGUUGCCUUCAGCACGGGCAGUUUCGUUGGAGUGACCAUCUGGGAGUACGAAACGGUUCGAUCCAGAGCAAUAAAUGCUUUGCGGAGUAAGUUGAACUUAAACUGGUUCAAGGAGAAGGUGAAUUCGAGUAGGCAGGAAGUGGAUCUGUGGCGUAAAGAUAUCAACAGUUGGUGGAAUAGGUUGACUCCGGGAGAACGGAUUUUUGCACCUAUCUGUGCUUUAAACGUAAUUGUGUUUGGCCUGUGGAGAUUGCCACGACUGCAACCUAUGAUGAUUAGAUAUUUCGCAUCAAAUCCGGCAGCGAAAGCCGUCUGUUGGCCAAUGUUUCUUUCGACCUUCAGCCAUUAUUCGCUGUUUCACAUAGCCGCUAACAUGUACGUUCUGCAUAGCUUUAGCCACGCUGCAGUGGCCACUCUAGGCAGAGAACAGUUUCUUGGGCUUUAUCUGAGCGCUGGAGUGAUUGCAUCCUUCGCUAGUCACCUCUUCAAAACAGUGAUGGCUCAGCCUGGACUCUCGCUGGGCGCUUCCGGUGCAAUAAUGGCAAUCCUGGCCUAUGUUUGCACUGUAUACCCCGACACACAGCUUAGUAUCGUGUUCUUGCCAAUGUUUACGUUCUCUGCAGGGGCUGCAAUUAAAGUAAUCAUGGGCAUCGAUUUGGCGGGAGUGGUACUUGGGUGGAAAAUUUUCGAUCAUGCGGCUCAUUUGGGAGGAGCUGUGUUCGGAAUGUUCUGGGCGUAUUACGGCAGUCAGCGGAUUUGGCCUUUGAGGGAACACUUUGUUGGCUAUUGGCAUGAACUGCGAGGACCACCGAAAAAAUAAACAAAUUUUUGUACGAUAAUUAUUUGGCUAUAAUAUUUUUAUCAUUCAGUUCAGAGUCGUAUAGUUCAUAAUAUAAUGUAACAAUACAAUUGUUAUGGCAAUAGAAGUAUUGUGUAUAUAUAUUAACUGCAUAAUUGGUGUUUUUCUUUAGCAAUUGUGGAAAAUAUAUGAGACAAAAUGUUUAUAAUACCAAAAUAGA